GUCGCGAUAUUACGUUGUCUAUUUUUCGUCUUUAAGCGUUUUUAAUUAUGUAGGUUCACACACAAAAAGCAGCAGCAUGACAUUUGACAAAAAAACAACAACCCAGUAACUAUAGCUGCACCGGAAGUGUUCUGUGCUCGCGCCACGUCAGAGCUCCAGCCAGGCACUUGUCAGAGUCAAAGAGCAGCUUGUGAGACUUUGUGCACUUUAGUUCGCUAUGUUCUCCCCGGCUCUUCUCUCUCUGCUGCCGCUGGUGCUGCUCCUGCAGCUGCAGCUGUUGCAUGUGUUUGCGGGUGAGCUGACGUUUGCGCUCCCUGACAACGAGAAGCUGUGUUUUUACGAAGACCUAGAGAAAGACGUGACGUUUGACUUAAUCUUUCAAGUCAUUGCAGGAGGCAGCUAUGAUGUGGACUGCUUUGUCACAGAUCCUCAGAACAAUGUCCUGUAUAAUGAGGAGAAGAAGAUGUAUGACCGCUUCACUCACACCACAACUAUGACGGGAGUCUACCAGGUCUGCUUCAGCAAUGAAUUCUCCUCCUUUACCCAUAAAACUGUGUAUAUGGAUUUCCGCUACGGGGAAGAGCAACCUCUCAUGCCGGGCAUGACGAGUCACACAGCACUGACACAGUUGGAGUCGUCUUGUGUCUCCAUUCAUGAGGUUCUGAAGGUGGUGGCUGACUCACAGACAUGGUACAGACUGAGAGAGGCGCACGACCGCCUGAACGCAGAGCUCCUCCACCAGCGAGUGGCAUACUGGUCCAUGGGAGAAACCGUCCUGCUGUUUGUCAUCAGCAUCGGUCAAGUCAUGCUGCUGAAGAGCUUCUUCUCUGAGAAGAAAGGAGGCUCUGUAGCAACCACCACUUACAUGCUGUGUCUGGACGAGAACUUCAAUGUGCAGGUGGAAGUUAAAGGUCCUGUGUGUAAGAGGUUUGCUGACGUGUGUUUGUGUGUGAGAUCCAUUAGAGCCUACGUGUGGCAUCACCGGUUUACCGGGCUUUGGUUCAUUCAUACUGCGUGCGUGGAACCAGCAAACAUGGCGGGCUACCUGAAGUCUCUGAGGACCGUGUGGAGAACAAGUGCAGCUGCCGCGCUGCCGCCUCUCACUCCCGCCGCUGUGCUGCCGACAUCAGCCGCUGUCUGCCACCGCAGGAGCUAUGCAACGACACGCGUCAAGGUGGACCAGCCAGUGGUGGAGAUGGAUGGAGAUGAAAUGACUCGCAUCAUAUGGGAGUUCAUCAAAGAGAAGCUCAUUCUGCCCAACGUGGAUGUUCAGCUGAAGUACUUUGACCUGGGUCUGCCCUACCGAGACCAGACUGAUGACCAGGUCACCAUAGACUCAGCUCUGGCAACUAAGAAGUACAACGUGGCCGUCAAGUGUGCCACUAUCACUCCGGAUGAGGCCAGAGUCGAGGAGUUUAAGCUGAAGAAGAUGUGGAAGAGUCCUAACGGAACCAUCAGGAACAUCCUGGGUGGCACAGUUUUCCGGGAGCCAAUCCUCUGUAAAAACAUUCCCCGGCUUGUUCCCGGUUGGACGCUGCCCAUGACAAUUGGUAGACAUGCUUUUGGAGAUCAGUACAGGGCCACAGACUUUGUUAUUGACCAGCCCGGGAAGUUCAAGAUUAUGUUUUUCCCAGCUGAUGGAAGCAAACAGAGGGAGUGGGAGGUGUAUGACUUCCCCGCUGGGGGUUGCGGGCUGGGAAUGUUCAACACUGAUGAGUCCAUCAGUGGGUUUGCUCACAGCUGCUUCCAGUAUGCCAUCCAGAAGAAGUGGCCUCUGUACAUGAGCACCAAAAACACCAUACUGAAGGCCUACGACGGCCGCUUCAAGGACAUCUUCCAGGAAAUCUUUGAGGCGAAGUACAAGCCAGAGUUUGACAAGCUGAAGAUCUGGUACGAGCACCGUCUCAUCGACGACAUGGUGGCUCAGGUCCUGAAAUCCUCGGGAGGAUUUGUUUGGGCCUGCAAGAAUUACGACGGAGAUGUGCAGUCUGACAUCCUGGCUCAGGGCUUUGGGUCUCUGGGUCUCAUGACGUCCGUCCUCAUGUGUCCCGACGGUAAGACUAUCGAGGCCGAGGCUGCCCACGGCACGGUCACCAGGCAUUACCGUGAGCACCAGAGGGGACGACCAACCAGUACCAACCCCAUAGCCAGUAUCUUUGCUUGGACCAGGGGACUGGAGCACAGGGGCAAACUGGAUGGAAAUGCUGAUCUGAUAAAUUUCUCCCAGACGUUGGAAAAAGUCUGCGUGGAAACUGUGGAAAGUGGUUUGAUGACCAAAGACCUUGCAGGCUGCAUCCAUGGGUUGAGCAACUGCAAGCUGGAUGAACAUUACAUCAACACGUCAGACUUCCUGGAUGCUAUUAAGACCAACCUGGACAAGGCUCUGAGCAAAUGAAGACACGCUCACUAAACAUGGCUAUUUUACUUCUGCCUUUACUGUCACUGACAAACAAUUUUCAGCUUGAAAAUGCAACAUUUUUGCAUUAACAUUAAUAUUAAUUCAACGCAAUGGCCAUAUUUUACACUCAGAGGGCAAGAUUAUUUUAAACACCUACCAGGAAAGAUUAAUUUGUAGGUGUGGUUGCAUUCACUUCAAAAACAGGUUUCAACAAGUGGAACUAAGAUGCAUUGGAGCGCGUCAAAGUCUGGCGACAAGAAUGAGUUUGAGGUAUUGUAAUAAUAACAAUAAUAAUAAUAAUAAUAUUACUACAGUGAAGCACCAUGAAUAACUUUAGUUCAGGAAGAAAGAGGCUCAACUCAGUAUUUACAUCUGUCAAAAUUGCCCAAAUCUGACCCGAAAGUGGACGGUGCAAAACAAAAAUGACAUUGUCAAAUCCACAACUCCUCCAGUCUGUACCUCAUCGGGGCAAAUCCGUAUAACAGUAUAAGGAGUCCACAUACACAUUCUGUUUUAUAUUCAGACUCCGCGCAUUUGCUCAAACAAGCCUCUGACCAGCAGUGCGUUAAUGCAGCGCCACAUGAUCAUUCAGUCAGCAUCACAUGCAACCUUUGACUGUGUAACUGUGAGAAGGGGGUCGUCUGACAGCAUGUACGGUGUAUUACCAGCAGAUGUCGACAUGUCACAGUCAGAGUGUUGUGUUGUUGCUCACUGUGUUUUUUUUUUUUGUAAGCUCAUCUUUCACUGCACCACUGUUAAAUAGGAUCUGUUUUGUUUGUCGCUGCACAUCAUUAUUAGUGGUUACUCAUGUAACAAUUGUACUUAAAUGAGUGUUAUUUAAAUCUUCUGGGUUUAACUGUUUGAUUGAUACUACAAUUUAUAUCUCAUCAGCGGAGAAUCUCACUAAAGGCAGCACGGGAGGAUAUGAAACACUAAUUGGGCAAUAUUAAUUUGAUAUCUUGUUUAUUCUUAUUAUUAGGAAACAUAGUAUGUUCAGAACACAUGGUGUGUUUUUUAGAACAUUCUAACCAAUAUUCUAAACUAGACUGCAGUACACUAAAAUAUCUGGCUUGGAGUCUGUUGAAUCUUCAAUAGUAUUCAAAUGGGGAACUUUCCUGUAAGUAUCUGAAUGUAUUAUUUAACAAAUUGUAAAUAGAUCUGAUGUCCAGUCAUAUUUACUGAUCAAUUUAUUAAAGGCUUUUUAAUUAUUA